UGGAGACUGCCUCCAUUCACAGUCACAUACCUUUUGUUAUGUUCAAAGUCAGUGAAGGCUAAACGCUGGUUAUUUCAUUCUUGCAUGAAGCUUUGAUUGUGUGAAUUUUCUAUCGGUGGUUUUCAGUGGAUUAGCAUCAAAACUGUAAUCUUGCUGACAUGAACCCAGCCGAGAAUGGAAGCAAAGAGCCCGAGCCUGUGGAGAGCGUCCCGUCAGUGGAGUCUGAUAUCCCGGAGGAGAGGAUCGCCGCACGCCGCCUCCGGAUAGCAGCCAGAAUCGAGGCCAAAAAACGUGAGGCACUGGGGGAUGAUCCCGAUCCUAAGAAGGAAGUAAAGCAGGAGCUUAAAAGUGAAAAGCAGGUGGAGCAGAGCAGGCAGAGAUUGACUAAACUCAAGAGUGAUGGGACAGAGUUGGUCACAAACAUCCAGGUAGCGGCAGACUCAAGAGAGUCCCAGAGGAGAACUGAUGAAGCAGAGGCAAGGAGGCAGAGAACAGAGAGGCUGGAGAGUGAAGCCAAGAUGAGCCUGGAAAAGUUUGAGGACAUCACAAAAAAGUGGACAAUGGCCAGGUCAAAGGAAGUCCCUCAGGACUUGUGGGAGAUGCUCAACGUGCAGCAGCAGCAGUGCGCUCUCCUCAUUGAGGACAAGAACAAGCUCAUCAAUGACUUGCAGCAGGAGCUGAAAGCAAGUGAUGAUCGCUAUGUAAAAGACUUGAAGAAGCAAGCCGAAGACAUUGACCUGAUGAUUGAGAGAAUGGAGGAGCAGAUAAAGAACCUAAUGAAAUCCUACCGGGAAGAACUAAACCAGAUUGAGAAAUCCUUUGAGCUGGAGCGCAGGGAGUUGCUGGACAGUAACCAUAAUAAAUGGGAGCAAAUGAUGCAAUAUCGCCGGGAUAAGGAGCUGCAGUUCCUGAUGAUGAGGAUGAAGCGAGUGGAAGAACAGGAGCGGCAGCUGCAGCAGCUGAGAGUGCAGGAUGCAGAGGAAUACAACAUGAUCAAGAUCAAGCUGGAGACUGACGUGCAGAUUCUGGAGCAACAGCUACAACAGAUGAAAGCUACCUAUCAGCUGAACCAGGAGAAGCUGGAAUAUAACUUUCAGGUGCUGAAAAAACGAGAUGAGGAGAACACUAUCACCAAGUCCCAGCAGAAGAGAAAGAUCACCAGGCUGCAGGAUAUUUUAAAUAAUGUCCGGAUUAAACUUACGAAGCAGGAUAAGCAGUUCAGGGAGGAAAACCAUGGACUAACUGAGGACUACAAGAGGAUUAUGGAGCAAUACAAAGAGAUGCAGAAGAAAAUGAAGCAUUUUGCUAAUGUUGAUGCUAAGAAGUUCCAGGAGAUCUGGCUGAUGAACGAGGAGGAGAUAAAGGAGCUGGUUCAGAGAGCUUUGGAGACGGACCGCAUCAUUCAUGAGCAGCAGCUGGGUCUGACUUGGGAGAAACCGCACCUCCCUUUCAUGGAGCGCUCUGGACCCAUCGUCCCAGAGCAUAAGAAGAAGAAACUGGCACUGCAGCUUGCAGAGGAGGUGAUCAGAUCAAAAGGAAACACGGAUGCAGCUGAAGAGUGGGAAGCAGUGUGUGCGCCGGGCACCCUAAGUGACUCGCUCCCUUUCCAGGAACAGGACAGAUUGGACACUGGUGAUACAGAGAUCUCAGCUGAUCAGUCCUUAAAGAUCUCAGUGAAGACAAUCAAAAGACUCUUGGAGAUCCUGUGUGAUGAAACAGGCUUCUUGAUUGAAAGUAAGCUGCUUAAGUUGCUUUCCCCGCUGGAGAAAGAUGAGCAGUCCCUCAUGAAGCUGGAUGCCAUAUUCAUGGCCCUGGGAAUUGAGAAUGAAGAGGAUGUGCAUAAGCUGGCUGAUUUCUUUAUCAGAUAUAGACAGCAGCAGACUGUAGACGGCAAGGAUGCAGAUGAAGAUGAGUCCCCAGGAAAGAGCGAGAGUCAUGCUCAGAAAGAGAUUGGAGAUGGCUCCUCACACAGGUCCUCAUCCUCUGAUCUCAUUCACCCCAACAAUGUCCUGCAGGCCCUCCGAGAUUUUACAAAAGAGCACUGCAAACCCAGGGACAAAUCUCAGAAGCUUUUUAACUUGAAUGAAAGAGAUGACUCAAAAGAUGCUGCUUACUGGGAGGACAUGGUCAAUGUGAUCCCGGAGUCCAAGCUAAAGGUGUGGGAUGCCCUGUAUAAUGCUUUGGAGAAGUAUCACCAUGUACUGACUGAGAGGAUGAAGCUUAUCAAUGAAACGGAUGGCAUGAAACAGCAGAACUCUGAACUCAGAAUGUUACUGCAUCAGUAUGUGAACUCCAGGGUAAAUGCUGAAUUAGAGAUUCCACCAACACAAGUCAUGCAGAUUGAGUCUUCUUGGAACUAGAAACUUGGCUAAUUAUAGAGACACUCUUCGUUAUUUAUUGAGAGUUCCUAACCCUUGGGAGGUGGGGGGACUCUGUGGUUUUAUGUACAUGAAUGUCACAUGUAUCUCAAAUGCAUUUUAUACCCCAUUCAUACAUUUAAUAAACUCUGUAAGGUUUGUUGCAAGUUUGUUGCAAUUUGUUGCAAGUGCUUGAAGUAAUCUCCACUAAAAGGCACUUUUACUGUUAAAAGUAU